AUCUAUAUAUUCAGUAAAGAACAGUUUCAUCAUCCCCCAAUCCCAUUCCUCCACCAUCUCUUCCUCAACCCCGGCUUCGGGUUUCUCCGGCGGUGCUGCUUGCGACGGGCGGCGGGGAUCUCGAUAGCUGCGGGGAUUCUUUUGAUUGAGGAAUCUGGAAAGUGGAUUAUGUUUUGAUUUGAUCUGCUUCCGUACUCUGUUCUUGGUAGAGGAGGCUGUGGUGGUGAGGUUGCUUCAAUUACGGUACGCUGGUUGAGGAUCCAAGGUUAAUUGAUUUCCAGAUUGUGGUUAUUACUUGUCUUGUGUUGCUGAGGAUCCGAGCUGGUUGUUGGGGUUUGUGUUGUGGAUUAAAGUGUGGUGGUAGGAUUGAGCUUUGAAUCGAUGCUGUAUUGACCUUUUGUAUCUCCGGUUGCUCUCUGGCGUUUCGUAUUGAUUUGGAAUCUGGAGUCAGCUUCUGUAGGCUAGCGUCACAUUUGCUUGUCUUGAACUGGGUAGUUUUUGUUGGGGGUUUGCUGGGAAGUUUGCUUUCGGACAUGUGGAUUUGUUUUGUGCGGAUACAUGGGUGCGAUGGCGUUUUGAUUCUGGAUUUCUGGGGACGAAAUGAGGCGGCUUAGGAUUUGCGUACCUCUGAAGUUUUGGUUGUGCCCGUGAUUUGAGGGCUCAGCGCUGUUUGAACUGUGAGAGCUGUUGGGAUUCUUAUUUUCUGCUCAAGUGCUUCGUGUGCUUUUGGGAUAGAUGGAGGCUAACAUGAGAGGGGAUAUCCACCAAUUUUUUACAACCGAGUCUUCUAAUGGACAUAAACAGAAGACUCAGGAAUGGGAUUUAAAUGAGUGGAAAUGGGAUGGAGAACGUUUUGUGGCUGCUCCUGUGACCCCUGGAUCCUUAGACUACAGGAACAAGCAGCCUUUCCAUGGUGUGGUGGUUUCAAACACCUCAUCGGCUGGUUCUGAUGAGUUUAACUUUGGAAUCGUUGGGAAAGGGCUAGGUGAGACAGAUAAGCGGAGACGAAUUUUGGUUGUUGGAGAUGAUAAGCAAUGUGAUGAAGUUGGGUCCCUUACUUUAAAGAUUGGCGGUCAUGUCUAUCCGGUUAGGGAUGAAGAUCUGGAAGUUGGAGGAAUGAAAAAUGGUAAGAGGGGCAUGGUGCAAGCUAGCAAUUUAAACAUUCCUAAGUGCCAGGUGGAGGGCUGUGGUGCUGAUUUGAGCAAUUUCAAAGACUACUAUAGGCGUCAUAAGUUGUGUGAGAUGCAUGCCAAGGCAAGCAGUGUAGCACUUGGGAAUGUUAUGCAGCGUUUCUGUCAACAAUGCAGCAGAUUUCAUCUCCUACAAGAAUUUGAUGAACGGAAGAGAAGUUGUCGUCAAAGUUUGAGAGACCAUAAUGAUAUCAGGAAGAAAAAACAUUCUGUUGUUUCUCCUAUUAAGGGUUCUGCAGCUGAUAAUCAGUCAACUAAUCAUUUGUUGAUUAGUGUAUUGAAAAUUCUCGGCAAUUUGAGCUCUGACAAAUUUCAGCACUCGAAAGAUAGUGAGCUUUUGUGGAACUUUGUGAAAAAUAUUGCCCCUUUGGCUUGUUCAUCUGAUACAAAUAAAAUUUCUCGUCUCCUGCAAGCGUCUCAUGAUAUUCAGAAAGUUGGGACAUCCGCUGGGAUAUCAGGAGAAGUUGCUGAUGCUCUACUUUCAGGUGUUCUCAAGCCAUCACGUUUGCCUGCCAAAACAAAAUGUGCACCUACCAUGGCUACUAAUCAAUGUGCACCAGUUUCUGCAGCUCCAAGAGAGAUGCAAUGUCAGCUAGAGGCUUUAUGUUCAUUGCAACACAUGCUACCUGCUGCUGGUACAGUUGAGGAUGAAAGGACGAUGGGAUUUGACUUAAAUGCUCCAUAUGUUGAAGAACCAAAUGGUGAAUUAGGAUGUGAGAAACCAUCAAAACAAGCUACUGCUGUGAACGGUUCUCCUAAUUGUUCUCCGUGGGUGGUUAAAGAUUGUCACCAGUCAAACCAACCACAAAUAUGUGGGAAUCCUGAUUCAACUUCAACUAGAUCACUUUCAAGUUCAAAUGGCGAUGCUCAGAGCCGUACAGAUAGAAUUGUGUUCAAACUAUUCGGAAAAGACCCUAAUGAUUUACCUCUUGCUUUGCGAGCACAGAUCUUUGACUGGUUAUCUCAUAGUCCAACGGAUAUGGAGAGUUAUAUCAGACCUGGAUGCAUCAUUCUUACAGUUUAUCUUCGUCUUAGUUUGUCUGCAUGGGAUGAACUAUGUCAUGAUCUGGUCUCUAGCCUGAAUAAGCUAAUAUGUCUAUCGGCUGAUAAUUUUUGGCAAAGUGGAUGGAUAUGUGCUAGGCUGCAACAUCAACUAGCAUUAAUAUACAAUGGUCAGGUUGUGUUGAACAAGUCACUGGUCGUAGAAAGAAAUAGUUACAGCAAAAUUCUUAGCGUCACACCCAUUGCAGCUCCUCCUUGUUCAAGGGUUACCUUUAAUGUUAAAGUUUCUAAUCUUGUUCGAUCUACCACAAGAUUACACUGUGCAUUUGAAGGAAGAUAUCUCAGCCAAGAGAUAGACCAGACUUCUGUAUACUGUUCUAACAAUGAAAGAAACCAUGAACAGAUUCAGUUUCUUAGCUUCUCUUGUCGCCUUUCUGAUGCAAUCGGGCAAGGGUUCAUUGAGAUUGAAGAUGAUGGUUUAAGCAGCGUUUUCUUUCCUUUCAUAGUAGCGGAAGAGGAUGUAUGUACUGAGAUAAGAAUGCUGGAGAGUUCCAUAGAUUUAGUCCCUUGUGAUGAGGUUAUGGAGGAAAAAUUAGAGGCUGCAAGAAGCCUGGGUGUGAAUUUCUUACAUGAGAUGGGAUGGCUACUUCGGAGGAGCCACUUAAGUUCUAAGUCAGAUUCAGAGAAUUAUCAUUCUGAAGCUUUUUCCCUCGCACGUUUCAGAUGGAUUUUGAGAUUUUCGGUGGAUCGUGAUUGGUCUGCUAUUGUCAGAAAACUCCUCAACAUUUUAUUCGAUGGAAUCAUAGAUUUAGGCGGGAUUUCUCCUACGAUUAUUGCCUUGUCAGAAAAUCUGCUCCAUUAUGCUGUUCAGAGAAACUCCAAGUUAACAGUGAAGCUCCUAUUGAGAUACAAGCCUUGCAGAAGUGUGGAUAGGGGUAUUGAUAACUUAUUUAGACCGGACAUGGCUGGUCCUUCCAAUAUUACUCCACUUCAUGUUGCAGCCACUAGUAUUCAUGCAGAAAGCAUGCUGGAUUUAUUAACUGAUGAUCCAGGACAGUUUGGACUUAAAGCAUGGAAGAACGCCCACGACAACUCUGGCUUCACUCCCGAAGACUACGCAAUUGCUCGAGGCCAUCAAUCCUACAUAACUCUGAUGCAGAAGAAGAUCAACAAGAACACACAAAAUUUUGAUUUUUCAGUCAACAUCCCUUCUAAAUCAAUAUUUACACCAGAUCCCACCCAUAAACAAUCCAAAAAACAAUCUGGACUCGAUAUCGAAAAGAACAAAUCAAAACUAUCACAGCCUCCAUUCUGUAAGUUCUGUGAACAUUCUUCAACUUACCGGAGCUCGGGCGGAAGCUCUUUGAUGUAUCGGCCAAUGUUGUUGUCAAUGCUGGGCAUUGCUGCAGUUUGUGUCUGUGUGGCCCUUUUGUUCAAAGGACCUCCAGAAGUUCUUUUUGUCUAUCCUCCCUUCAGGUGGGAAUUAUUAGAGUAUGGAUUUAUGUGAGAAGUUUAGCGCACAGCCUGACCUGUUUUCUUGCUGACUAGCAAUGAGUUUUUUUGGAAAAUUUACAAGGGUAGCAUAUAAUUUUUAUGUAUUUACAUA